UGUCAAAAUUUCUAACCUCUUUGGCGUCCGAAGUAGGACUUGUUAUGGUUGUGAACCCAGCCUUAUGUUUAUCUUUGAAAUUUGAUGGAUGGCUAACUGUCACUUAUUGUCAUUAUUAGUAAAUCAAUUGUGAAAUCUUUCAUCUUUGGUAUAACUUCGCAUUAUUUGUAAUUGUUGAUCGUUCAUAUCAAUGUUUUCCUUGUGUAAUGCUCAUUUCUAAUGAGGUGUUAAACUUAUAGUUUUUCUUGCAGUUAGUGUCCAUAUUGAAAAUCCGGAAUAUUUGUUUUUAUUUUGCAUCAACGUUUUAACUUACUAAAAUGGGAGCUGCUCUAGCUCUUUGUUCAGCAACACAGUGUGCUGCUUGCUGUGGCAGUGCAGCUUGUUCGAUGUGUUGUGCUGCAUGCCCAUCAUGUCGAAAUUCUACUUCUGCGAGGUUAAUGUAUGCCUUCAUGCUGCUUGUUGGCCUUGUUGUAUCCAUGAUCAUGUUAUCUCCAGGCCUGCAAGAUGUAUUGGAAAAGAUACCUUUCUGUAAAGAUACUGCGAAGAAGUCUUUUUUGGAUACUGUAACAAAUAAAGUUACCUUCAAUUGCCAGGAUACAUUUGUAGGAUAUUUGGCUGUUUACCGAAUGAGCUUUGCUCUUGUUGUAUUCUUCUUAUUUAUGGCACUGAUUAUGAUUGGGGUGAAGAGCUCAAGAGAUCCAAGAGCUGGGAUUCAAAACGGGUUCUGGGGAUUGAAAUUUCUCAUAGUUGGAGGGAUAGCAAUUGGUGCAUUUUUCAUACCUCAGGGUUAUUUCUUCGGGUCACUUUGGAUGUAUUUCGGUAUGAUAGGAGGUUUUAUUUUUGUUUUAAUACAGCUCAUUUUGAUCGUUGAUUUUGCUCACACAUGGGCUGAAUCUUGGGUUGAAAAAUAUGAGGAAAAUGAGAGUAAAGGAUGGUAUGCAGCUCUUGUUGGGGCUACAUUUGCAAUGUAUGGCUUGGUCAUUGUUGGAGUUAUUAUGCUAUUCGUUUUCUUCUCAAAGUCAGGUGAUUGUGGACUGAACAAAUUUUUCAUUUCAUUCAACCUCAUCCUAUGCGUUAUUGUGAGUAUAAUUUCGAUUCUGCCUGAUGUUCAAGAAAAGCUACCCCGAUCUGGACUUCUACAAUCAGCUGUUGUAUCUUCAUAUGUAAUCUUUUUGACUUGGUCCGCUAUAUCUAACUCUCCAGAUAAAGAGUGUAAUCCAGGCUUAAUGAACAUGAUACAAGGUGGAGAGAAAACAGGUGGAUCUUUCGACAGUCAAAGUAUAAUUGGCUUGGUCAUAUGGACAUGCUGUGUGUUAUAUUCCUCCUUAAGAACUGCAAGUAGCUCUUCUAAGAUUACUGGUACAGAUAAUAUUUUGGUGAAAGAUACUGGAGACAGUGGUAAUACUGACCAUAACGACGAAGAGAAAGGAAAUGCAAAAGUGUGGGAUAAUGAGGAAGAAGGAACGGCUUAUUCUUGGAGCUUCUUCCAUGUGAUGUUUGCAUUGGCCACCCUGUAUGUGAUGAUGACUUUGACCAAUUGGUACAGUCCAAACUCGUCUCUGAAGACAUUGAAUGCCAAUUCAGCCUCAAUGUGGGUAAAAGUGACUUCAAGUUGGUUAUGUAUAGCACUUUAUGGUUGGAGUCUUUUGGCGCCCAUAAUUUUGGUUGAUCGUGAAUUUUAAGGAAAUAUAAUUCUCAACUGUAUUUUCUCAUUAUUAAAUUCAUAUUCAUUUUCUCAGCUUUAAAAUAAAAUAUUUUAUACACUAGAAUAAUGCUUCAAUUAAAUUGAUAUGUAUAUAUAUAUUAUUCAACUAUGAGGAAAAGUCAAUGUGUAGUUUAAUUGAUUUUUUGUUUGAACACCAAGAUUGGUGAUGUAUGUUGGAAUAUAUCAAAUAAAGAUUCAAAA